AUGAUUGGGUUUGAACAAAGGGAAUUGUUCGCAUUGAUCGCUGAUGACCAUAUGUUCUCUUACCUUGGAGCUGAUAACUGUCUGCCUCUCUUUGCUUUUUCCAAACGUUGGGGGUCUCAACACCUUUUGGUUGCUGCAGUCAGAAACCAUGUAAAGUCAAUUUUUAGGACGAAGGUGAAAAAUACAAUUGAAAAUGAGAGUGAAGACGAAUUAGCAGAAGAUAUCAAUACGAGUGUUUCUGCAAACGAAGGUGACAAUAUCGAGACGUUAGACUGUGACGAGAGUGACGAGAGUGACCAGGGUGAGGAUGAAGAAGAUCGUGAGUUUGCUUUGGAGCAGACUAAGCUGCAUAGAAGUGUCACUUCUAGUAAUAACAAUAUGAGUCCUAUUGCCACGAAACCGCAUGAUAACGUACAUCAAUCACGUUGCAUCAACCCUGCUUGUGGUGAAGGUAGAUACAAACACCAAAACGAAGCUGAGGAAUCAACUCGUGCUGGCGACAUUUCACCUCCAAAAAGGCUUUCAAACCAUGGCUAUGUGUUCGGUCGGGGCUUCACUUGCGGAACUACUGGUCGACGACGAAAUCCGUUAAUGCCUCAAAGCAAACAAGUCGAUGAUGAUAGCACUGGCUAUUAUACCUGGCCCAAAAAUACCCAAUUAUUGGAUGAAUUGAUUGAAGCCAAUCAUCGAGGAAAUCAAUUCGUUGUGUGCAAGAGGAUUCCUCGUGGAAAAAACAAUGAAAUUGUUCACGAAAGUAAAGUAUUCUUGGUCGGAAUGACUUGUUAUAUUCUAGGAAUGGCUGACUUGAUGAAUCGUCGUGGACACACAAGCAAAUAUUGUUACAGAAUUUGCAAAGUGGUUGGCAGACGUCCUAAAGAUUACCCUUACGGUAUACACUUCUUGGAUGCAGGUGAUAUGAGAACAAAAGCCCGAAUUAGACAACGGCGAUCCGGGCUUGGUACUUUGGUCUACAAUCUUUUCGAUCCCAAGAAGAUCAAAAGGUACCGUGAAUCCAUCACUACAGAAGCACACCUUUGGUUUGAACGGGCAUGA